UGCAGAUGUCCGAGGCCUCGACUUUAAUGCGAUUUUGAACUUCCAUUCUUGUGUAAACUUGCGGUGUUUCGGUCUUCAAAGAAAGUGUAUAGCGCAACAUGAAUCUGUAUAAAGAUAUUUUGGCACGAUUUCCCCGAGGAGGUAUUUCGUAUGUUUUUGCAUAUGGCUCUGGGGUAAAACAGCAAAUUGGAUAUGCCGAUAUAAACCAGCAGAAGAAUAAUAUCAUUGAUUUGGUAUUUUGUGUACGUGAUCCACUGGGUUGGCAUGCAGAAAAUAUAAGCCGACAUGAGAGCCAUUAUUCAGCAAUGCGGCAUUUGGGACCAAAACUUAUCAUGAAAUAUCAAGAGAAUUUUGGAGCCGGUGUUUAUUUUAAUACACUUGUACCAUUGCCCGAUAUUGGUGUACAAAUCAAGUAUGGUGUUAUAUCGAAAGAACAAAUGCUGCAAGAUUUACUGGAAUGGAAGCAUCUGUACAUGGCAGGACGCCUACACAAACCCGUGCAGGAUAUUGUGGCUCCAGAUGAUGACGUACAAAUAAAACAAGCCUUGGCAACAAAUUUACGAAACGCUUUUCAUAUAGCAUUAAUAAUGUUGCCAGAGAAAUUUACUUCAUAUCAACUGUUCCAUGCCAUAGCUAAUUUAAGUUAUAAAGGAGAUUUUCGUAUGAUUUUCGGUGAAAAUAAAAACAAAGUUGCAAAUAUUGUUAAGGCACAAGAGAACGAGUUCUUCGAACUAUACAAACCGGCAAUGAAAGACUUGUCAGAAUAUGUCGCCGUUGAUUUUGCUGCCAAAGAAAAGGGCUCCGAAAAGGUUGUAACCCAAUUUGAACAAGACAAAUCAAUAAAGGCUAUUGAAUUUCAUUUACGUCAGGCUCCAUCUGAACUAAGAAGGCGACUAAUACGCAAUGCCGUUUUUAAGGGUAGCUACAUUGACAUAGUUGAACCUCUGGCCGCUUUGAAAAAUCUGCACGAAAUUGUGUCAAUGUCAGUUAACGAUAUAGUGUGGCGUAGCAGUAUAACUCAAACUUUAAAAAAUAUACCCAGUGCUGGGGUAACAAAAUCAUUGAUAUAUGCAGCACGCAAAGCAAUGAAAACAUUCGCGAAGUAACAAUUACGUCCCAUGCUAAUAUAAUUGUUGCUGUUGUUGGUCUGUUUGGAAUGAGACCAGUGUUAAUAUAUAGUAAAGUUUGUGGCGAUAAAUAAAAUGCUAGAAUGGAGCUUCUUUAUUUCUUUCAAGUCCAAUGCUUUCUUUAAUUUGUUAGUGAUUUUUUGUUUUAAACUUAUUUAGUGUAGGAAUUUAAAAUAAGUAGAACUUUUUGUAUGGAUAUUUACAUGUUCUUUUUUUAUAAACAUAAAACCGUUAAUUUUUUGUGUUAUAAUUUGUUACACACAUAUAUUAAACUUUUUUAUGAACUGUGUAUUUCUGAUAAUUUAUGAAAAUAUAAAGUUUGCAAUUUGAUCUCCAAUUAUAUCCUUAUUUUUCAAAAAUUGACGUGCAUUUUUAUGCAUAAUUCUGGAUUAUGAAGUUAGCUAAUUUAGUUUCCAAUUCAUUUUAUAAUUUUGUUCGAGUCAUAAUUUAGAAAUAUUUAUUUCGUUAAAAUUAAAGUUCAAAGUGCUUUCCGAGAGGAUCUAUAUAAUAAAGUAUACCUAAAGCCAAAAAUAACAUUUGGGAUUAAGUUAAUAAUGUGUAUUUGUAUUGUAGCUUUUUCUCAUUUGUUAAGAUAAAUAAAAAAUACAUUCGUUCGCCAAAAA